AUGAUAUCAACAGAAGCAAAAACACAAAAUCAAUCUCAACAAUCAACAACAUAUGAUGAACGUGUAUUUAAUGAACGUAUUCGUCAAUUAUUUAAUUCAAUUGAUUCAACUAAUAUUUCAUCACCAAAUAAUAAUAUGAAUCAAAUGACUUCUAUUGUUGAUGCACUCUUUCCUGAACAAGCUUCUCUUUAUCAACAACAACAACAGCAACAGCAACAGCAACAUGAUCAACGUCGUUCAUCAACAAAUGAUCUUACAACAGCUUUUGAUCGAUUUUCAUUAUGGAGUAAUAAUAAUAAUAAUAAUAAUAAUAAUAGUUCAGCUUCAGCCUUCUGUGGUGGUACUAUAAGUGGUCCAUCAGCAUUUACCAAUCGACGUCAAUCAACAUUACAUAGUUCAUCACGUUCAUUACGAAAUACUUAUCAUCAUCAUCAUCAACAACAACAUCAUCAACCAAAUCAUUAUCGACCACCACCUGUAACUCGACCUCGUUUUACUGCAUCAUCAAUACGUAUACCAUCAGCUGCAACUAUAACUGCUCCAUCUACUAACUAUACGAAUGGACUUCAACGAUCAGCAUCAUCACUUUCAACAAAUAAUACUAGUGCUACAAUGGAUUAUCAUCCUCGCUUUGCUAGUCGUUUAUCAACAACUCGUUUACCAUCAAAUGCACCAGCAGGUUCUCAUGAUCAAAUAGCAGGUAAUAAUAAUACAAUAGAUCCAAUAGCUCCAUCAUCAUCUAUCGAUGUUACGGAUCAAACAUGUUCGGCUUCUGCUGUACUCUCUCGCAAUACAUCAACAACAAAUGUUCAACCACAACAAUUUGUAACAAUGACACAAACAACAACAACAACUUUUUGUUAUGUACCUGCAACAGGUUCACUUGCUUAUAAUAAUUUAGCUGGAACAGGACGAAGUACAACUGUUUCUCAUCAUUGA